AAAAAACCCAAACUUGAACAUGUCAGCAAAACAGAGGGGGAGGAGAUCAUCUGAGGGCAGCAGUCAUAUUUGAAGAGCAAAUUAUGAUCUGAGGUUUCUAAGUCGAUAAUUUUCUCAGGAAAGUAGGUCAAACGGUUCCAGCAAGUACAUGUCCACACCCACAGACCCAUCUGGUGGCAUGUCCCACCCUGGACCUUCCCCGGGCCCCGGCAUGUCUCCUGGCCCUAUCUUGGGCCCUAGUCCCGGCCCAGGCCCCUCUCCCGGGUCAGUGCACAGCAUGAUGGGCCCCAGCCCGGGGCCUCCCAGCGGACCCCAUAGCAUGCAGAGUCAGGGGCCUGGAGAUUAUCCCCCGGAGGGAAUGCAUCAAAUGCAUAAGCCCAUGGAGGGGAUGGGGGAGGAGAUGCACUUCGGGCAGAUGAAGAACGUGGGCAUGAGGACCCUCCACAGUGGCAUGGGCCCCCCUCAGAGCCCCAUGGAUCAGCACAGCCAAGGCUACAUGUCUCCCCACCCCUCGCCCAUGGGGGUCUCUGAGCACGUGCCCAGCCCCAUGUCCAGCGGGGUUCCCACGCCUCCCCAGAUGGCCCCUGGUGGUGCCCAGCAGCAGCAGCAGCAGCAGGGUGGCCCCCCGAUGAUGCCCAUGGACCCUCAGGCGGCGGCGGCGAUGGGGCAGCCGGGCCGCGCACCCUCCUGCUUCAGCCCUGUGCAGCUGCAGCAGCUGCGGGCCCAGAUCCUGGCCUACAAGAUCCUGGGCCGCGGGCAGCCCCUGCCGGAGAACCUGCAGCUGGCCGUGCAGGGCAAGAGGAGCCUGCCCACCAUGCAGCAGCCCUCCGUGUCCGGACCCAACGCCGGGCCCUACAGCCGCCAACCAGGUAUGCCUAUGCCUCCUAUGGGUGGAGGAGCAGCCCCUGGGCCCUGCCCAACACCCGGCAUGCAGGGCCACGGCCAAAGCCCUGGCCAGAAGCCCUGGCAGGAGGCAGGCCAGGGUCCCGGUGGUGAACCUUCCACAGGCCCCCAGAAGCACCCGAUGUCAAGCCCCACUGGGCGUCCAUCCCCUGCGCCCCCCUCCUCCACCCAGCUGACACCGCAGCAGCCCAUGGCUGGCACGUCCGGUGGGGGACCGCAGCAUCAGCACCAGCAUCCACACCAACACCAACACCCACACCCACAGCAACAGCAGCAGCAGCCUCAGCAUCAGCUGGCCCAGCAGCCUUCUACCCAGCAGCAUCAGCAUCAGCUCCAGCAGCCGCAGCAAACUCUCCAGCAGCAGCAGCAGCAGCAGCAGCAGCAGCAGCAGCAGCCGGGUCACCCCUCCCUCAUCAUCCAGCUGCAGCAGAAGCAGAACCGCAUCACCCCCAUCCAGAAGCCCCACGGCCUGGACCCGGUGGAGAUCCUGCAGGAGCGCGAGUACAGGCUGCAGGCCAGGAUAGCUCACCGCAUCCAGGAGCUGGAGAGCCUGCCGGGCUCCCUGCCCCCAGACCUGCGCACCAAAGCCACGGUGGAGCUCAAGGCACUCAGGCUGCUUAACUUCCAGCGGCAGCUGAGGCAGGACGUGGUGUCGUGCAUGCGUCGGGACACGACUCUGGAGACGGCGCUGAACUCCAAGGCCUACAAGCGCAGCAAGAGGCAGACGCUGAGAGAGGCCCGCAUGACCGAGAAGCUGGAGAAGCAGCAGAAGAUAGAGCUGGAGAGGAAACGCCGGCAGAAACAUCAGGAGUACCUGAACAGCAUCCUGCAGCAUGCCAAGGACUUCAAGGAGUUCCACCGCUCCAUCACCGGCAAGAUGCAGAAGCUGACCAAGGCCGUGGCCACGUGGCACGCCAACACGGAGCGCGAGCAGAAGAAGGAGACGGAGCGCAUCGAGAAGGAGAGGAUGAGGAGGCUGAUGGCUGAGGAUGAGGAGGGCUACCGUAAGCUGAUUGACCAGAAGAAGGACAAGCGGCUGGCCUACCUGCUGCAGCAGACGGAUGAGUACGUGGCCAACCUCACCACCCUGGUCUACCAGCACAAGGCAGCGCAGGCCGCCAAGGACAAGAAGAAGAAGAGGAAGAAGAAGAAGUCACAGAAAUUGGACGAGAAUGCUGAAGGACUGGGAGCCAUCGGUCCUGAUGGAGAGCCAAUGGACGAGAGCAGUCAGAUGAGUGAGUUGCCGGUGAAGGUGAUCCAGACGGAGACUGGCAAGGUGCUGCAGGGCACCGAUGCCCCCAAGUCCAGUCAGCUGGAGGCCUGGCUGGAGAUGAACCCUGGCUAUGAAGUGGCCCCGCGCUCGGACAGUGAGGAGAGCGGCUCAGAGUUUGAGGAGGAGGAUGAGGACGAGGCCACCUCCCACCCGGACUCCGAGGAGAGGAAGAGCACGGAGCCCAACGAGGACCCGGUGUCCGAAACGGCCACCAAGCACAUCAUCGACUCUGCGAAGCAGGACGUGGAUGACGAGUAUGAGAUGCAGGCGGAAUCCAGUCUUCAGUCCUAUUACGGGGUGGCUCACGCCAUCAUCGAGAAGGUGGAGAGGCAGUCCUCCCUGCUGGUCAACGGCACACUCAAGCACUACCAGAUCCAGGGCCUGGAGUGGAUGGUGUCCCUGUACAACAACAACCUGAACGGCAUCCUGGCGGAUGAGAUGGGUCUGGGCAAGACCAUCCAGACCAUCGCCCUCAUCACCUACCUGAUGGAGCUCAAGAGGCUCAACGGGCCCUACCUCAUCAUCGUGCCCCUCUCAACUCUAUCCAACUGGACGUAUGAACUUGACAAGUGGGCGCCAACCAUUGUCAAAAUUGCAUACAAGGGCACACCCUCCCUGCGCCGCGGCCUGCUGCCUCAACUGCGCAGCGGCAAGUUUAAUGUGCUGCUGACCACCUACGAAUACAUCAUCAAGGACAAGCAAAUCCUGGCCAAGAUCCGCUGGAAGUACAUGAUCGUGGACGAGGGCCACCGCAUGAAGAACCACCACUGCAAGCUGACUCAGGUGCUGAACACGCACUACGUGGCGCCGCGCCGCCUGCUGCUGACCGGCACGCCGCUGCAGAACAAGCUGCCCGAGCUCUGGGCCCUGCUCAACUUCCUGCUGCCCACCAUCUUCAAGAGCUGCAGCACCUUCGAGCAGUGGUUCAACGCCCCCUUCGCCAUGACCGGGGAGAGGGUGGACUUGAAUGAGGAGGAGACCAUUCUGAUCAUCCGGCGCCUCCACAAGGUGCUGCGGCCCUUCCUGCUGCGCCGCCUCAAGAAGGAGGUGGAAUCCCAGCUCCCCGAGAAGGUGGAGUACGUCAUCAAGUGUGACAUGUCGGCCAUCCAGAAGGUUCUGUACCGCCACAUGCAGGGCAGGGGCAUCCUGCUGACGGACGGCUCUGAGAAGGACAAGAAGGGCAAAGGGGGAGCGAAGACCUUGAUGAACACCAUCAUGCAGCUGAAGAAGAUCUGCAACCACCCCUACAUGUUCCAGCAUAUCGAGGAAUCCUUUGCGGAGCACUUGGGAUAUCCAAAUGGCAUCAUCAAUGGGCAUGAGUUGUAUCGGGCGUCUGGCAAGUUUGAGUUGCUGGACCGCAUCCUGCCCAAGCUGCAGGCCACCAACCACCGCGUGCUGCUCUUCUGCCAGAUGACCUCCCUCAUGACCAUCAUGGAGGACUACUUUGGCUACCGCAACUUCAAGUACCUGCGCCUGGACGGCACCACCAAGUCGGAGGACCGUGCGUCUCUGCUGAAGAAGUUCAACGAGGAGGACUCCCCCUACUUCGUCUUCCUGCUCAGCACGCGUGCCGGGGGCCUGGGACUCAACCUGCAGGCUGCCGACACCGUUGUCAUCUUCGACAGCGAUUGGAACCCCCACCAGGACCUGCAGGCUCAGGACCGUGCCCACCGCAUCGGUCAGCAGAACGAGGUGCGCGUGCUGCGCCUCUGCACGGUCAACAGCGUGGAGGAGAAGAUCCUGGCGGCCGCCAAGUACAAGCUGAACGUGGACCAGAAGGUCAUCCAGGCCGGCAUGUUCGACCAGAAGUCCUCCAGCCACGAGAGGAGAGCCUUCCUGCAGGCCAUCCUGGAGCACGAGGAGCAGAACGAGGAGGAAGACGAGGUCCCGGACGAUGAGACACUCAACCAGAUGAUCGCCAGGAAUGAGGACGAGUUUGAGCUCUUCAUGCGCAUGGACCUGGACCGGAGGCGCGAGGACGCCCGCAACCCCAAGCGCAAGCCGCGGCUGAUGGAGGAGGACGAGCUGCCGUCGUGGAUCGUCAAGGACGAUGCGGAGGUGGAGCGGCUCACCUGCGAGGACGAGGAGGAGAAGAUGUUUGGCCGCGGCUCACGCAGCCGCCGCGACGUGGACUACAGCGACGCACUCACCGAGAAGCAGUGGCUCAGGGCGAUCGAAGAUGGCAACCUGGAGGAGAUGGAGGAGGAGAUCCGCCUGAAGAAGCGCAAGCGGAAACGGAGACACAGCGGCGACAAGGAGGCCCGGCGGGAGAGGGAGAGGGAGAGGGAGAGCGGCGAAAAGGCCAAGAAGAAGCGCGGCCGGCCUCCCGCUGAGAAGCUCUCGCCCAACCCCCCCAAACUCACCAAGCAGAUGACCGCCAUCGUGGAGACCGUGGUCAACUACAAGGACAAUGCUGGACGACAACUUAGUGAGGUCUUUGUGCAGCUGCCCUCUCGCAAGGAGCUCCCCGAGUACUAUGAGCUGAUAAGGAAGCCGGUGGACUUCAAGAAGAUCAAGGAGCGCGUGCGUAACCACAAGUACCGCAGUGUCAGCGACCUGGAGAAGGAUGUCAUGCUGCUCUGUCACAACGCGCAGACUUACAACCUGGAGGGCUCACAGAUCUAUGAAGACUCCAUCGUGCUACAGUCUGUCUUCAAGAGCGCCAGGCAGAAGAUUGCAAAGGUGGAGGAGAGCGAUGAUGACAGUGAUGACGAUGACGAGGAGUCAGAAGCCGAGUCCAAGUCAGUGAGGGUAAAGAUCAAGCUGAGCAAGCGAGAGGAGCGCAGCCAUGACAAAGGGAAGAAGAGACAGAGUCGUGCCAAGGCCAAGCCUGUCGUCAGCGAUGAGGACAGUGACGAGGAGCCCGAGGACAAGGACCAGUCGGACGGGAGCAAGAGUGAGGAUGAGUGAGGAGCAAGACGGCUGAUGCCUGACCUCUCUAUCCAUCUGCCUGACUCGUUGCAUCAUCUGUUUGUUCUAUUGCCCCCUCCCCCCUCCCUCCCUCCCUUACCUGCAGAAUCCACACAUGUUCAUAUCCCCCAAACUGUUUGUAUUCCAGUGUUAGUUUGCUCAUGUGUGAAGAUGUGUGAACAGAGUAUUCGGCGGGGUUGUGAACACAGUAUUCACACCUGACACUAGCGACAGCCAAGGGUGCCCCGCAUGCAAUGGGAAAAGGCAGCACCCAACAGGGCUAUGGAUUCAUAUACAGUACAUAUCUACCCAAGCUCCUCAGGGGCUGGCAGAUGCAUUUAGAACACCUGUACAUAGUUCAGCUUCAUCAGUACUUGAAAAAGUUUAAAAAAAAAAAAAAAGCUUGCAAAAAAUAGGAGUUUUAUUUGUGGUUUGAUAUAUGAAUGAAGAAAAAAAAAGCCAGCGUUUUUAAAUAUGCAUAGUGUAUACUUCAAAUAUUUUAUAAGAAAUGAAUUUAUCCCAGCAGUAUAGUUUUGGAGGAUUUUAGCGAAUGAAAUUGUGUCAAAGCACCCCACGUUCCCUUCUGUGGCCCCUUAAGGAAGGGUUUUUAUCUGACGAUUGUACACCUGCAUUCAUUUUUAAUUUGGCACGCCACAGCUGUGGCGUCUCAGCAGUCAGGCUGAGGCCGCCCGAGGGACGGCUUCUCAAUGAUUCAAAUCGGGCGGCGAAAAACAGAUUUGUCUGUUUCUGUCUGAUAACAGCACUUAUCGACUCAGCUCAUUGUUGAAUAACCCAAUGCCUCGUGGCUAUGGAUAUUUUUAUACUUGUGUGUUUAAAGAAGAAUCGUUUUCCUUUCUUCCUCUUGUAUGGCUGAGUGUAUUUUCAACAAUUACCCAUUGUUUUCCUUCAUAUAAUAUCGCUAACAAUACUCUUCAAAAAAUGAGGGACGUUUCUCAUGAUAGUCUGCUCCUCUGUUAGUUUUGGUCAUACUUAGCCCUGAGCGAGCACUUACUCUUUUGCCUCAAUGUUUUGCUGACUUUUGCAGUAUUGUUGCCAACUGUGUGUCUGCUCUUUUUUGACGCGUGUAUUUUGGAUGUGAGGCCUGUUCUUAUCAUCCCUCUGUAUGUGAAAAUUGAUCUUUUCUUUUGCUUUCUUUGCACAACGUUGUCUUUGUGGUUGUAUUCCCAGCACCCCAAAGCAAAUAAAAAAUCUGUCUAAAAUUGA